AUGGCAGACCAACACGAGGUCGAUCUCGACUCUAUAAUCGACCGGCUACUCGAGGUACGAGGUAGCCGACCUGGCAAGCAAGUCCAACUCCUCGAGGCCGAGAUCCGUUACCUUUGCACUAAGGCUCGUGAGAUCUUCAUUUCUCAGCCUAUCCUCCUCGAGCUUGAGGCUCCUAUCAAGAUCUGUGGUGAUAUUCACGGACAGUACUACGAUCUCCUCCGACUCUUCGAGUACGGUGGCUUCCCUCCCGAGGCCAACUACCUCUUCCUCGGUGAUUACGUCGACCGAGGUAAGCAAUCUCUUGAGACCAUCUGCUUGCUCCUCGCCUACAAGAUCAAGUACCCCGAAAACUUCUUCAUCCUCCGAGGUAACCACGAGUGCGCCUCCAUCAACCGUAUCUAUGGAUUCUACGACGAAUGCAAGCGUCGCUAUAACAUUAAGCUGUGGAAGACUUUUACCGACUGCUUCAACUGCCUUCCCAUCGCUGCUAUCAUUGACGAGAAGAUUUUCACCAUGCACGGUGGUCUGAGCCCUGAUCUCAACUCUAUGGAGCAGAUCCGCCGGGUUAUGCGCCCUACUGAUAUUCCUGACUGCGGUCUUCUCUGCGAUCUUCUGUGGUCCGAUCCCGAUAAGGACAUUACUGGAUGGAGCGAAAACGAUCGAGGUGUUUCUUUCACAUUCGGUCCUGAUGUUGUUUCGCGUUUCCUCCAGAAGCACGAUAUGGAUCUCAUCUGCCGAGCUCACCAGGUUGUUGAGGAUGGCUACGAAUUCUUCUCCAAGCGCCAGCUGGUUACACUAUUUAGUGCGCCCAACUACUGCGGUGAAUUCGAUAACGCUGGUGCUAUGAUGAGUGUCGACGAGAGCUUGCUCUGUUCUUUCCAGGUAAAUAACGAGAAGGAUGAUCCUGUCGUGAAAGAUACUAAUGCCUUUUCUCCACAGAUCUUGAAACCCGCUGAAAAGAAGCAAAAGUAUGUUCAAACGACUGGCAGCACAAGCACGCCAAUUACCUCCCCCCCUUCCAAAAUGAAGAAAUGA